CCCGCUCCAACCCUGCGCAUGCGCAACCACGUGUCCGCCGGGCUCCCUCCGCUCACCGCCCCGCCCGCCCGCUCCGUCCGCGCGCGCUGCCCAAGGUGAGAUCACCGGCUCCGUCUCCUCCCCGCCGCUCCCCACUCCCACCCACUCCCACUGGUCUCCUCGAGAGCCGCGAGCCUAGGGGCCGCCACCCCUAUAACUGCCCCCAUUCCCCUACCCGCGCUCGCUCCCUCUCCUCCCCAAAUCCCCCACGCUUGGAUGGAUUCCAUCGGUACGAAUCGCACCCCGCUGCGCUCCGUCGCCGCCUCAGCCACUCGAAGCAGCGCGCUGCCGCGGCCGCACCGCCACCCAGCGCUCGGCAAUCGCCUGGCGGCGACUAAGCUCGGGAUCGCGGCUCGGUGUGGAGGAUCAAGAGGGUAUUUCGGCAAGGUGCAGAGAUUUGACGCCGCGCGGAGUACAGCGGCGAGAGCGCAGAGCGGGAAGGCGGGGAGAAGUGUGAUCAGGGAAAUGGGACACACGUCAUCUGAUAGUGAAAUGCCCUUGAACUAUUCUUCUGGAAAAGCUUUCCCUUUAGGAGUGUCACAAGCUGAUGGUGGGCUGAAUUUUGCGAUAUUCUCACAGAAUGCUUCUUCUGUCACCCUUUGUUUGAAACUUCCAGAGAGAGGCACCCAAGAUGAUGCGGAAAUUGUUGAGUUUGCUUUAGAUCGCCAAAAGAACAAAACAGGAGAUAUAUGGCAUGUGUCAGUGGAGGGUUUGCCUGCUUCUGGUGUUCUUUAUGGGUAUCGCAUUAAUGGUCCUCAAGGGUGGCAACAAGGUCAUAGGUUUGAUGACAGUGUUAUUCUACUGGACCCUUAUGCAAAAUUAGUUUCUGGUCGAAAAUACUUUGGGGUUGACAAAGAGGAGCCAAGUCAGCUUUUCGGAACUUAUGACUUCGAUAGCUCUCCUUUUGACUGGGGUGACGAUUAUAGGCUUCCUAAUUUGCCUGAGUCAGAUCUUGUUAUAUAUGAAAUGAACGUCCGUGCUUUCACUGCUGAUGAGUCCAGCGGGCUUGGUCCAGCUGUUCGUGGAAGCUACCUUGGUCUCAUUGACAAAAUUCCUCAUUUGCUGGAACUUGGCGUUAAUGCAGUGGAACUACUCCCUGUUUUUGAGUUUGAUGAACUGGAAUUCAAGAGGUUCCCUAACCCAAGGGACCACAUGGUAAAUACAUGGGGAUAUUCUACAAUCAACUUUUUUGCGCCCAUGAGUCGUUAUGCUAGUGCUGGUGGUGGACCGGUGGCUGCUUCCAAAGAGCUCAAGCAGAUGGUCAAAGCUUUACAUAAUGCUGGAAUUGAGGUUAUUCUGGACGUUGUUUACAACCAUACAAACGAAGCUGAUGAUGCUAACCCUUAUAUGACUUCUUUCCGUGGCAUUGAUAACAAGGUCUAUUACAUGUUAGACCUGAACAACAAUCCUCAGCUGCUGAACUUCUCGGGUUGCGGAAAUACACUAAACUGCAACCAUCCUGUUGUCAAGGAACUUGUGCUCGACAGUUUGAGACAUUGGGUUAAGGAGUAUCACAUAGAUGGAUUUCGGUUUGACCUUGCAAGUGUUCUUUGUCGUGGACCAGAUGGCAGUCCUCUUGAUGCACCUCCACUCAUUAAGGAAAUUGCCAAAGACUCUGUAUUGUCUAGGUGUAAGAUCAUUGCUGAACCCUGGGACUGUGGUGGCCUUUAUCUAGUAGGGAGGUUCCCUAACUGGGACAGGUGGGCUGAAUGGAACGGACAGUACAGAGAUGAUAUUCGAAGAUUUAUUAAGGGAGAUCCUGGUUUGAAGGGGGUAUUUGCUACUCGUGUUUCUGGUUCUGCGGAUCUCUACCAGGUGAACAAUCGGAAGCCUUACCAUAGCGUAAACUUUAUAAUAGCUCAUGAUGGGUUUACUUUAUGUGACCUUGUUUCAUAUAACUCUAAGCACAAUGAUGCAAAUGGAGAAUGUGGUCGUGAUGGAUGCAACGACAACUAUAGCUGGAACUGUGGCGUUGAAGGAGAAACAAAUGAUUUGAUUGUGCGACGUCUUCGUUCCAGGCAAAUGAAGAACUUCCAUGUGGCAUUAAUGAUCUCUCAGGGCACUCCAAUGAUGCUGAUGGGAGACGAAUAUGGUCACACACGUUAUGGAAACAAUAAUAGCUAUGGACAUGAUACUCACAUAAAUAAUUUUCAGUGGGGGCAGUUGGAAGAAAGAAAGGAUGGCCAUUUCAGGUUUUUCUCGGAGAUGAUCAAGUUCCGUCAUAACCAUCCUAUGCUGAGGCGAGAUAGGUUUCUCAGCGAAAAUGAUGUCACCUGGCAUGAAGAUUGUUGGGAGAAUCAGGAAAGCAAAUUUUUGGCAUUCACGAUACAUGAUCACAAUUCUGGCGGAGAUAUCUAUUUGGCAUUCAAUGCUCAUGAGUACUUUGUGGAUGCUGUAAUUCCCCCACCACCGCAGCAUAAAUCUUGGAGCCGUGUGGUGGAUACCAACCUGGAAUCACCAAAUGAUAUUGUCCCAGAAGGAGUGCCACUCACAGGUUCAGGGUAUAGGAUUGCUCCUUACUCUUGCAUCCUGCUCAAGGCAAAGCCUUAGUAUGGUGGAGGCAAGUCAUUCUCUAGGAAGCAUAAGAAUAAUGUUGAUUUUAGCUUUGGUUGGUCGGUUUAAGAUAGGCUGACCUUUGCAAGUUCUUAAGUCUCGACUGCGCUGCAAUGCAAACAUAGCAAACUUUGAUAUGUGAAGUUGGACCAAUCUUUGCGAAGAUCGACUGGAGGGAGCCAUGGUUGCAAUUGGUACGGUCAAGGAGAACUUGUUUGUAGCAACACAUGGCGAAAGAUCCGCACAGAGAGAAGCAAGAAGAGCCUUAUUAGUCAUUGGAGUUCUGGUUCGGGGGAAGCAUGUCUCGUUUGUAACUAGUAUUCAUAAAUGUUCUAUCCUUUCCCGUUCGACCUGCAAAUGGCAGACAACCUCUUGUUUUGUUUAAUAAAUAUGGCAUUUCCCCAUGUUGACAUAUCUGUACUGUAAUGAGAGCGUGAUUCCCUGUACUGAA